AUGGCUAAAGUCCUCUCGCCGCUUCCGGCGGCCGAGGGAGAGCCUCUACCGCCGAUCAUAACCUCUCAAGUUUCCGGCCUCACCACCGUUGAGCUCAACGUCAACAUGCACUGCCAAGCUUGUGCUGAUCAGCUCAAGAAGAAGAUUCUCAAAAUGAGAGUGAUUGUGAUAGGAAAAUGA